AUGGCCAACUCCCGUCCGACAGGCAGCUUCACCGUGAUGCAGAGCCUCCCUCCAGUGUUAGGAGAAAUGAUAAAGAAAGGGGCAUCUGCAAUCCUGUCUACAGUGCAGGGUGGCGAUCACACCAAGUGUGAGGAUGGGAAAAGGGAAGGUAGUGGUAACUACAGGGAGGAUGACAGCACGAAGAGUGUUGCUUGUGAGGGCGGCUACCACUCGGACGGCUGCGAGGAUGGCUCCACGUGCGCCUCCUCCAUCGGGAAGAGCGUGCACCGCAUAAACGCCAGCUUCGGCAAGAUAAAAAAAAACCUAAACGAUAUAAGUCAAGCCAUCUACUCGGAGGGAGAAACGGGCGACGAGUUGGGCGACCAAUCGGAUGGCCAAUCGGACGGCGCAACCGCCUCAAGCGACGAGAGCAGCCUGGUGAGGACGUUUAACGCGUCCAGCGGCAACGCCCAAAAUGGUGACGAUGGCGAUAGCGAUGGCAACUACGAUGACGAGGGAGGGAACAGGAAAAGGAACAGGCAGUUGCAGCUCCUCCUGAACAACGUAAUAAACACCAAGUUGCAGAAAAAAAAAAUCGGCACGCUAGACAUCAUCGACGAAUGCAUAUCUAUGAAGAACGAUUGUAACUCCAGUGGGGAGAAGAGGGACCAGGGGGGGGAGGAAGACGGCUGCGAGUUCCUUGUGGACGGGGUGCCUCGAGGCAUCAGCUACGCACAGAGUGUGGACUUACGCGGGGUGGACAAUUUGCACGAGCUGUUGGGGGUGGCGGGGGGCGACUUUGCGGUGGACGCGGACGCGCAGACGGGCUUCGACGUGGUGAACUUGAAGGACCCGGGUGCGGCCUCCAGUGAAGACGAAGAGGACGCCGAAGCGGCGAGCGAGCCUAGCUCUGAGGAACCCCCAAAGGGACACGCCCCCGAGGAGAAGCGGUUCACUGACCGUCUACACAAUGUUAAAGACUCCCAAAAGGAUAUAAAGGGCAGACUAACCUACCCAAUAAAUUUUUUUUUAAAAAAACAGCAAAAGUUCUUCCAUCUUUUGAGGAGAAAGAAGAAGCUCUUCUACUGCGUGCUGCAUUUUUGCUUCCUCUUUUCUUACCUUCUCUUUUGCCUUUCCUUUAUCCUUUGCAAGCGGGCCCUCUACGGCACGUUCUACGACCAGGACUUGUGA